AUGGUGGAAUCAGAUUUAGGUUGCUUUGUAGAAUCUCUGCUAGAGGAUCUCAGUAUCACACUUCGUAGUCUUCUAUUACCUCUACCUUUACCACGAGUAGAGCUUGUAGACAAAGAGUUUACUUAUGGUAAACUUAGGAUUUAG